AAACUAGUUUGUCCAAUUGGAAUCUUUUCAUUCAACCAGCUUGUGUCGUUGGAGGUUCUAACGAUGAAUCCGGAUCUGAGAGUCACCGGGCCCCGGGCCAAAAACACAAGCGUCAACCCACCUAGCUUAGAGUCCCAGGGUCCGAGUGAGUUUGUCCUCCAGCCUGUCAGGCGCUCUGACAGCAGCAAGGAGGAGCUGGAUGAAUAUGAAACCAAGACUGCCAAACUACAGAAAGAGUUCCGGGUCAUGAAACGGGAGCAGCAGUCCUACAGUAUCCACAUCCGGGAGCAGAUCUUCAAGCUGGAGCAGGAGACCAAAAUGCUGCAGAAGGAGCAACACAGGCUGAAGGAAAUUCUUGACGCCAGUCGAGCUCUGACCAAGCAGAAACUGGACACCAGAAACAUCGAGAGACUGCAGACAGUACUGGACGACAUGGAGAAAGAAAAGAAGUGUGAGGAUGAGCUUAAACGCGAGGUUACAGUCAUGGAGCUGAAGCUGCUGAAGCAGAAGAAAGGAGAAAAGAUCCCUCUUGGCGGGACGGAGAAUGAGCGGCAGAAGAUUCUACGAAAGGCUGAAGAAAGGCUGCACCGAGCCUUGACCAAGUUACAUAAACAGCAGAUGACGAACAACAACCUGAAAGCUGAUUUGCAGAAUCUUCUGUUUGAGCGAGGUCAUCGGCAGUAUGUAGGCAACUCGCUGUACAAGGAAUUUAAAGACGUCAAAAAGCAGACCAGUCAAACUAUGAAACUGUCCAUAGCUGCGUACGAUGCAAGGGAGGUGGCUCAGUACGAGCUGCUCAUGUUGAGAGAGAGAGCAGAGACAGAAGUCGCCAAGUACAACGCCAAGCUGAGGAAGGCUCAGGCCAUCACGCACGACAUCAAACUCAAGGAGUUUGAAUUCAAGAAGAAGCUUCGACACAAGAUGGACGACAAAAAAGCGUCGGCGCUGAGGGAGCAGGAGCUGCUCGCUGAGGCCAAGUUGCUGGAGUCUCUGGAGGAGGCCUUUGCUAAUGUUAAGACUGUGACGGGAGAAGAGAGCCAGGACACGCUGGCCAGCAGGUUCUUUUCCAACAGAGAUUGGAUUUUGGAAGUGGGCUAUCAUGUCGGGGUCAUAAGAGCUGAGAUUCAAGUGGUGGAAGAACAAAUCAGCGAGCUCCAGACAGAGAUGGAGACGUUCCACGAGGCGAGUCUGCAAAGCGACCAGAGCUAUAAACAAAGGCUGGAAGACAUAGACAAUGAAAUACAAGUCACCAAGUCCAAAGCUGACGAGGUUGAGGAGGAAACCAGCGUCUACACAUACCUGCUGAAUCGUAUAAUUACAGAGCUGAACAACACGCUCGCAAACGUGGACUGCAAUCACCAAGUGCUGGAGGAUAAGCUGGGCUUCUCUUCAGGGAUCAACGGCAAUAACAUCAUGUCCUACCUCAGUCUGGUGGAACAGAAGGCUGAUGAGAUGCUCAACAUACAGGCUUUCCUCGAAUUCAAGAGGAAAGACUUCGACGAGAACAGAUGUUUGUGAGGAGGCUUCCAAACAGACUCCAACAUAGACACACCGCGGCAUCAUGCUGCUAAAUCUGAGGUCAAACUCAACCACAGGAGGAACACCAUGUCCCCGAUAAUAACUUUCCUUUCAUCAUCACGCUCUCCGGCGCCAGUGGGAAACCUUUGGUCCAGGAAAAGGAUUCUGCUUAUGUAAUCCCAUCUUGACCGGUACCUGAAGUCCAACCCCAGUUGCAGUCAGAGGUGGGAUUCAUCUUGGAAUAAGAGGAAACAGAAUUAAGAGUCUUCAUCUUCAUUGUUGUGUGGAUUGUCUCCACUCACUAAACAGCACCCUCUAGUGGUCUUUCUUUCUAUUACACUGCUGCUGUUAAAGUAAGGCGUUUGUCUUUUCUCACGUUUCUUUCUUGAUUAUUUAACACUGUCACAAACGUGACUUACAAACACCUUAUUUUGAGUCAACCCUGGACUUCAGUCUGCCGCGGUUGCGGUGGAAAACGCCACUGUUUUCCAUAAUUACCGGACAAAUAACGACACCGCUGUUUCCACAACGGCGAGUUUUUGCUGUGGUUUGUCUGUCGUGCUUGUUGCUGGUUUGAGUUCCAGCAUUUGCUUUUGAUUUCAUUGGGACUAAUUUGGUUUAGAGCUAUAAAAUAAAACCUAAACGAGUCUGGUGCGCGGCUGACUUGGCGAUGUGAGGACGCAGCCAUCUGGCUCUGACUAACGCGUCUCUCUCUGGGCUGCUUCGCAUUAGGGAGUUUGUCUGCAGAACUCUGACACGCCAGUAGGGGGCAGCUCACGCUUUUGACGUUGCAACUCACUCGCCUCCAGCAGAGGGCGCUGUUGGAACACAUCGCGUUUGCUGAUCGUGUAUAGAAUCGUUAACAGUGACGUCAGAAGCUGGGCUAUUCCUUUGAUCCAAAAGAUCAAAGAGACCAACACUUGUAUGAAUUAUUACUCUCUUUAGCGUAACUCAUAACUGAGUGUUUUCUCCCAAACACUGGAUGUCCAAAGAACAUUAAUACUCAUGUGCGGUUAUGGUCUUGUCAUUUAUCUCUGUGCCCUGAAGAAUUCUCCUUUAUGUAAACAUGAGAUAUAUAUCCGCAUGAACUCGAAAAGCUUCAUUUAAAUAAAGAAAAAUGAAUCGCAACUUUCACUUUAUUCAACACUUCGACCAGAGUCAUCAUCUUUUGUUGCGAGUUACAACAUUUUCUGUUGUUUUCGAUAAAAAUUUAGACCAUGAAUUAGUUCCUAAACGUGGAUAAUGAAUAUCUCCUGUCAUAUAGUUUCUUUUUAUACCCCAAAUUAUGACUGCUGAAUCAGACUGUACGGUGAGUGAAGAACCUACUGUGUUAUAAUUCCUGUGAAUUCUGUUCUUCAGACCAGUUACCUAUUAAAUUCUCAAAAAAAAAUAAAUAAAAUAAAAUCAAUUAAAAUGC